CACGUCCAAUAGCGGAAAAGAGUGAGGGAGCCUCGGAGCCACAUAGCACAGUUGUUGCAGCAAUGGCUGCAGCACUUUACUAACAUUUCUGUGUAGUAACUACUGCAAAUAUACUGCUGUUAAUGCAAUAUUGCCAGUUUUAUAUCUCAAAGACUUUGCAGUGAGCUGCCCCAACAAGCUGAAAUGAAGACACUAGUUGUAGGAGUUGGCGGGAUGACCAAUGGAGGGAAAUCUACUCUUUCUAGAAGUCUACACCAGCAGAUACCCAACAGCUGCAUCAUUGCACAGGAUUCAUAUUUUAAGGAUGAUUCGGCGGUUCCAGAGGACAGCAAUGGGUUUAAGCAAUAUGACAUACUUGAUGCUCUCCACAUGGAUACGAUGAUGAGCGAUGUUGACUCAUGGCGAAGAGAUCCUGAGACGUUCCUGAGGCAGCGGGGCCUGGGCCCAGAGCGCACAACACCCUCAGCCGAUCGUGAGGUGUUUGUGCUGAUAGUGGAAGGCUUCCUCAUUUUCAACUACAGGCCUCUGAAUGAGCUAUUUGACAAAAGAUACUUCAUUCAAAUACCUUACGAUGUCUGCAAGAGGAGACGAAGUUCGAGGGUGUACACGCCUCCUGAUCCUCCGGGCUACUUUGAAGGACACGUGUGGCCAAUGUACCUGAAGAACCGUCAGGAGAUGGAGAGCAUUGUGUCUGGAAUUGUAUUUCUGGAUGGACUGAAGCCAAAGGAAGAGCUUUUGGCUGCUGUGUGUAAAGAUGUUUGUCAGGAAAUAGAAAGGCUCAGGGGUAAGCUGCCUAAAGCUGGGAUGUGAUUAAGACAAUGUUUCUUGUGUUCAAAUCUUCUGCCAUAAAAACUUUCUAAAGAUUUACUGCAUUUUAUGUUUUAUAAGAUAUUUCUGGAGCAAAUUAUGUAGAUGUUUGCAGCUGUGAGUUGUCCUUAGAUUAGCCUUGCACGUUGCAUUGUGGGACAAUAGUGUUCAUUCACAGCACACUCACAAAUGUUGUUUAGUAUGCAUGUUGACAUUUUAAUGGUUAAAUUUUUCAGUGUGAGCAUACUACAUACUUAAAACCUGCUAGAACUAUCAUGUAGUUUUGUACUGGGAUAAAGUUGCCUUGUAGCUUGUAGAUAAUAAUCGUUUUAAAGGAGUUUUAGGAAAGACAUAAUUCAGGUUUUUUUUUUUUUACUCCUACCUAUGAGACAGACCUAUUACAUACGUACUUUCAGUGGAGCAGAUGUGACAUGAAGCCAGACCUUUGCAAACAAUACAUCAACAACAAAUUAUAUGAGCCAUAAGACAAAUUAUACAAUUUUCUACUAAAUUUGUGUUUUCCUUAUCCUUUGUGAAUGAGCCUGAAUAUUAAUGUGAUUAUGGAAGUCUCCAAGACCUUUAAGUUAGUUUACCUAAAUACUAUAAAUGCACUAUUUAAAAUAACUUCUCAUUUUAUUUUAUGCACUUUGUUUGCAGAGAAAGACUGAAAUGCCACAAGUUUUAUUUGUUUACCCUUUGAAGACGGGGGCUGCUGCUCCCAUGGCUGUCAGGAAAGUUCAUUUUUUUGGACUAAUGUGUGAUUGAAAAGACCAAACCAAGAAUUUCUUUAGUCUUUAAGAAUAUUCUGAUGUCUAUGUAACAUAUAAUACAAUAGUUAAUAUUGCCGAAAAAAACUGUGGAUGCUGUAGCAUCUGAAAUAGUCCAGCUGGAGACAUGAAAGAAUCUACAAGGAUCACAGUGAACCUGAUGUAUUUGCUAUUACAGUAAUUGACAGUAUUUUAAAGUUAGGAUACACUCUGGGAAACCAAAAUGUAUACAGUGUUUCUGAAUUUAUGAGGUUGAUGUUGAAUAUAGGACAUGCAGUCGACUGAUGUGAUGUCUUAAAGUGUUUUUAAUAAUAUAAGUAGGAUUUUGUUCCAAAUGUCUGACAUUUUUUCUAUCUCACUACACAUACAUGUAUACUUGAUGUGUAUAUAUAACUCUAGAUAAUCAAAUACAUAAAGUGUACAUCAUUGUAAAAGAUCAGUUUAAAAGACUUGAAUCUUACAAAUAUUAAACAGUGAUCAUUGCA